AUGUCGCCGUACGCGGCACCAAAGACCAAAAACAUCCUCAUCAUCGGGUCGACAGGCACGAUAGGAACAUACAUCACGAGAGCCAUUGUAGACCAGAGGGAACACUUUGAGCGGAUAUGCAUCUUGACGAGUGAGAAGACGCUGGUACAAAAAGUUCAAGACAUCGCAGCCUUGGAAGCAUGGGGGGUGGAGAUCUUUACCGGUCGGCUGGAGAGUGAAUCCGCCGUCAAAAGAGCGUACGAAGGCAUAGAUACCAUUGUUUCUUGCGUGGGCCGCGCCGGCAUCGAAAAGCAGAUCAAGUUGAUCACCUGGGCCGAACAGGUUGGUGUCCGCAGGUUCUUUACCUCGGAAUAUGGCACCGACAUCGAGUACUGGCCCGAAUCGUCAAAAGAGCCUCCCCACCAGCUCAAGUUGAAGGUUCGAGCGCACAUGAAGACCAUGAAGAGACUGGAAUACACAUACCUGGUCACCGGACCGUAUAGUGAUCUCUAUUUUGGAGCCAUGAAAACGAAACCCGAAAUCGGCCAUUUCGACGUCAAGGAGAAGACGGCCGUGCUCCUGGGCGACGGGGAAGGUCCCGUCAGUUUCACCGCCAUGGCUGAUGUCGGAAAAUUCGUCGUUGCUGCGCUCCUCAACACCCGAGAAUCCCGAAACACUACGUUAGUGGUCCAUUCAUUCACAGCCACGCCGAACGAGAUCCUCGCCGAGUACGAAGAACAAACCGGAGCAAAGUGGGACGUCUCAUAUACUUCGAUGGAGCGGUUGAAAGAGAUCGAAAAGGAGGAGUACCAAGUCUAUUCGCCCAUGGCCGCGGUGGUAACGUUACGACGGAUCUGGACCGACGGUGGCACGUUGUACAAGUUCUACGAUGACAGCCUGCUCGGUGAGAUCGAGACCGAGACUCUGCAGAGCCAGGUCGCCGCUCAGAUCAUAAAACAGGAGGAAGGUGAAGGUAACUUCCCCAGUCUGCUGAGGAAAUUGAGUCUGGUUUGA